AUGACUUCUAUUGACGCAAUUCUAGCAGCUAAGUAUCCGGCCAAGGCCCAUGCUCGUCGCGUUGCCGAGUCCCUCAAGGCUCAGGGAGGGGCUGGAGCUAUCUAUCUUGAGGCGCAAAAAACUCGAUUGAUCGAGGAUAGCGAUGAGGACAUGCCAUUUAGGCAACGUCGUCCAUUCUUCUAUCUGACUGGAUGUCUGCUGCCCAAUGCCGCAGUUGUAUACGACGUCGUCGCAGAUCAAUUGACUCUGUUCAUUCCACCGAUCGACCCAGAGUCCGUGAUUUGGUCUGGCCUUCCUUUGUCCCCCGAAGAAGCUGCGAAGCUUUACGAUGUAGAUCGCGUUCUGUUCACAUCCGACAUCAACUCGACUUUGGCGUCGAUCGCCUCGGCUCACAACGGGCAAACUACCGCUUUCGCAAUCGCCGAGCAGUUCUCAGAUGGCACGAGCUUCCAGGGCUUUGCUAAAACAAACACUACCAGCCUGAAGACUGCCAUCGAAGAUACACGUGUUGUCAAGGAUGCGUACGAGGUUGCGCUUUUGCGAAAGGCGAAUGAGAUCUCGACCAAAGCACACAUUGCUGCUAUCCAGGCCGCCAAGACCGCAACUAAUGAGCGCGAGAUCGAGGCCGCAAUUAUUGGCACUUGUAUUGCCAAUGGAUGCCGCGAGCAGUCCUACCACCCUAUCGUUGCUGGGGGUGAAGGCGGUGCGACUCUUCACUAUGUCAGAAACGAUGUUGAUCUGGUUGAUCCCGUCACUAAGCAGCGAAAGAACAAUGUACUCAUCGAUGCCGGUGGUGAGUAUCAGACCUACUGCGCAGAUAUCACGCGUGUCAUUCCUCUGAAUGGAAGGUUUGCGCCCGAGACCCGGCAGAUCUACGAAAUUGUUCUCCAGAUGCAAACGGAAUGUAUUGCCAUGUUGAAGGAAGGCGUGAACUGGGAUGAUGUGCACGCGCUGGCACAUCGCAUUGCUAUCCGUGGCCUGCUGAAGCUGGGUAUCCUGCGUGGAUCCGAGGAUGAGUUGUUCGAGAAACGCGUCAGCGUGGCUUUCUUCCCCCACGGCCUUGGGCACUACCUGGGAAUGGACACUCACGAUACUGGUGGUAAUCCCAACUAUAAGGAUGGGGAUAUCAUGUUCCGCUACCUGCGUGUUCGUGCAAAGCUGCCGGCCGGCUCUGUGGUUACCGUUGAGCCUGGUAUCUAUUUCUGUCGCUUCAUCAUCGAUCCUGUACUGAAGGCUCCCGAUACUGGGAAAUACAUCGAUGCCGAGGUCCUGGAACGGUACUGGAGCGUUGGAGGAGUGCGCAUCGAAGACAACAUUCAUAUCACCAAGGAUGGUUCUGAGAACUUGACCACGGCCCCUAAAGCCAUUGAGGAAGUGGAGAGCCUAGCCUUAUGA